UGCCAACACAAAUUGCCACCAAAAGUCGACAUUAGAGUGCUUCUUCAAUGGCAUGUUUUCUCUUCAGUUCUUUCGUGAUCUUCGAGAUAAUUUCAUUUUCAAGGUUAUGAUUAUUUGUACAGCAGUGAUGUAUUCAAGAAGUUGAUAUGUAAUGUAUCUUAUACAGAACACUUGUGAUUAAAAUCAAGAUACUUUUAUAGUUUUAUAUUUGAAUAAUUAUAUCUCCAAAAUGACAUCGACAUUACAAAAUGAUCACGAGCUUAAGCGCUUGUUAACUAGUCCUGGUAAAAAUACCAUAGAAGAUCAUUCUAUGGCACCACCACUUACGACAAAUGUACCAAGGCAAAGUAAUGUACAAAAUAAUCCUCAAUCGACUAUGAACCCAUCGACUCCUGCUCCAUUAAAAAAAGAAGCUCUAGAGCCAGUUUUACAAAAUGUCGUAUCGACGGUAAAUUUAGGAAUAGAGCUGCAUUUAAUGCGUAUCAACGCAAGGACCAGAAAUUCUGAAUACAAUCCAGUACGAUUUACUGGAUUAGUUAUGAGAAUAAGAAAUCCUCGAGCUACUGCCCUGAUAUUCAGAUCAGGAAAAAUCGUUUGCACAGGAGCUAGAUGUGAAGAAGAUUCGUUCUUAGCAAUGAGGAAAUUUGCUCGAAUCAUACAGAAAGUAGGAUUUCCAGUAAAAUUUAUGAAUUUCAAAAUACAAAAUAUUGUUGCUACAUGUGAUUUAAAAUUUCCAAUCAAAUUAGAAAAUUUGAAUCACGCACAUGGACAAUUUUCUUCAUAUGAACCAGAGCUUUACCCUGGUUUGAUAUAUCGAAUGGUACUACCUCGAGUAGUACUGCUCAUAUUUGUCAAUGGAAAAAUAGUAUUAACAGGAUUAUUUUGGUGUCUGUUUACAGGAGCAAAAGAUAGGACUGAACUAAAAGAUGCCUUAACAAAUAUUUAUCCAAUACUGAAAAGUUUCCGUAAACAAUAAGUCUAAUAUUGUAUGUCCACGACUGAUUAUUGUAAUAUUUUGUAAAAAUGUAACAAAUGCAUUUAAGCUAAUUAAAGGGAUAAUGUUUUAAUUUGAAA